UUUCCCCGCCUCCCGCGCGCUCCCCGCGGGCCCUGGGAAGCCGGUGGCACCCUGGGGGUGACCAAAACUCUGCACCCGGGGACCGAGAUCGGCGGUGUUGCCGGCGCGGGGCAGGCGGGACGCAGCUGCGGGCGGCGAUGAAGCCUACUUGGCUGCAGUGUAGGAAAGUCACGGGCGCCGGGGCGCUCGGGGGACCCCUGCCCGGGGCGGCGGCAGCGCGGGGAGCGGCGGGCGCGGCCCGCAGGGCGUACGCGGCCCCCGGCCCGCGGGGCGCCCUUGGCGGCCGGGGCUGCCGCGCGCUGUCCACGGGCGGCGGCGGCGAGUACAAGACCCACUUCGCGGCCGCCGUGGCCGACCCCGAGAGGUUCUGGGGCAAAGCCGCGGAGCAAAUCAGUUGGUACAAGCCUUGGACCAAAACCCUGGAGAACACACAAGCACCCGCCACCAGCUGGUUUGUUGAAGGAAUGCUUAAUAUUUGCUACAAUGCCAUUGACCGUCACAUUGAAAAUGGUAAAGGAGAUAAGAUUGCUAUCAUCUAUGACAGUCCAGUUACAAAUACUAAAGCAACUAUUACCUACAAAGAAGUUCUGGAACAGGUGUCUAAACUUGCUGGUGUUUUGGUCAAGCAUGGCGUCAAGAAAGGCGACACUGUGGUUAUAUACAUGCCCAUGAUCCCACAGGCAAUGUACACCAUGCUGGCAUGUGCAAGGAUAGGAGCUAUCCACAGUCUCAUAUUUGGGGGAUUUGCAUCUAAAGAACUAAGUACUCGCAUUGACCAUGCAAAGCCCAAGGUGGUUGUUACAGCGUCAUUUGGCAUUGAACCUGGAAGGAAGGUAGAAUACAUGCCCCUUCUAGAAGAAGCGCUGCGAAUUGGACAACAUCAACCUGACAAAGUUCUUAUUUAUAAUCGACCAAAUAUGGAAACUGUUUCUCUGGCGCCAGGUCGGGACCUUGACUGGGAUGAGGAGAUGGCAAAAGCACAGUCUCAUGAUUGUGUUCCUGUUCUUUCAGAGCAUCCACUGUAUAUACUUUACACAUCUGGAACAACAGGGCUACCAAAGGGUGUGGUUAGACCCACUGGAGGAUAUGCUGUAAUGUUAAACUGGACAAUGUCAUCUGUAUAUGGACUUAAGCCUGGAGAGGUUUGGUGGGCAGCUUCUGACUUAGGCUGGGUUGUUGGGCAUUCCUAUAUCUGUUAUGGACCUCUUAUACAUGGGAACACAACCGUUUUAUAUGAGGGGAAGCCUGUGGGGACACCUGACGCUGGCGCUUAUUUCCGUGUGCUGGCAGAGCAUGGAGUAGCUGCCUUGUUUACAGCGCCAACUGCAAUUAGAGCAAUCCGUCAACAGGACCCGGGGGCCGCCUUGGGGAAGCAGUACUCUCUGACAAGGUUCAAAACAUUAUUUGUGGCCGGAGAACGAUGUGAUGUUGAGACCCUGGAGUGGUCAAAAAAGGUCUUCAGAGUCCCAGUGCUGGACCACUGGUGGCAAACUGAGACAGGAUCCCCAAUUACAGCAUCGUGCAUUGGAUUAGGUAAUUCCAAAACACCUCCUCCAGGGCAAGCAGGAAAAAGUGUUCCAGGUUACAAUGUUAUGAUUUUGGAUGACAACAUGCAAAAGCUGAAGGCUCGGUGUUUAGGAAAUAUUGUGGUAAAGUUACCAUUACCACCUGGGGCUUUUUCAGGACUCUGGAAGAAUCAGGAAGCAUUCAAGCAUUUAUACUUUGAAAAAUUUCCUGGAUAUUAUGACACAAUGGAUGCUGGUUACAUGGAUGAAGAAGGUUAUUUGUAUGUUAUGUCUCGAGUUGACGAUGUGAUAAAUGUAGCUGGUCAUAGGAUUUCUGCUGGAGCCAUUGAAGAGUCAGUCCUUUCCCAUGGCACUGUGGUUGACUGCGCUGUUGUUGGCAAGGAAGACCCUUUGAAAGGCCACGUCCCCUUGGCACUGUGUGUGUUGAGAAAAGAUAUAAACACAACAGAGAAACAAAUUCUGGAAGAAAUUGUAAAACAUGUCAGACAGAGCAUUGGGCCCGUGGCUGCUUUUCGAAAUGCAGUGUUUGUGAAGCAGUUACCCAAAACCAGAUCUGGCAAAAUCCCCCGGUCAGCACUAUCUGCCCUGGUAAAUGGAAAACCCUACAAGAUAACUCCUACUAUUGAAGAUCCCAGUAUUUUUGGGCACAUAGAAGAAGUGCUGAAGCAGGCAUCAUGAGAUUGUCCUUUACUUAUUUUUUUUUUUAAAUUUUAUUUUCUAACUGGAUCAAGUUUUUAAACAAUUAUUUCUAGAAAAUGUUUUAAAAAGAAAUUUUAUUUGCGAAGUGACAUGAAUUGCAAAGCUUAGUCUCAAAAUGGUACUGAGAAACACCAGUGAAGGUCCUGUGUCAUCUGUUUGAUUAUAUCCAAUGGCCUGUCACAUGCCUCUUUUGAGAUUGUCCAAUACUUAAAGAAAAAUAUACAUAACGUUGAUUGUGGAAAUGUUUAUUCUCUGGGAACAGAAAAUAUGGGGCACAUGCCUCGCACAUUACCCUGGGUCACACUGAUCUGUGAGCAGGUGGCACUGGUGGCCCAUGAGCCCAGCUAGUCAGAGCUCUGCUCAAAGUGACCUGGCCCUCAAGCACUGCCAGAAAUCACCCCUAAAAAUAAAUUUAAAAAAAUUAAAAUGGGUCCUUCUGAAAUUAGUCUUAAAUGAAUUUCUGUCUUAAGUGAAUGCGAAACAAAUCUGGUGCCAAUUUCUGAAAUUAAGAAUCAUCUGUUUUGAUCCGAAACUUAAAACUCAAGUGGAAGUCAGUAAAAUAAAUUAUAAUCUUUCCAAGAAAAGUAAUUUUUAAAAAUCUUCUGGAGAUAACUGCAUAUGUGGAUAUUUUCAACAAAUGAAAUGGGAAGUAAUCAAUAGGUAAUUAUCUGGACUGAUGAUUUUCUAGGUAGAAGAAAUAUCUAGUGAUACAUUUUUGAGUGAAGACUGGAUAUCAAGUUAUACAACAAUACCUUCAUAUUUGUUAUAUAGUCAAGAAAUCACCUACCUGGUAGGUAGCCCAUAUGUCACUAAAUCUAACCUCCUUCUUAUAGAAAUAAAGAAUCUUUGAAACUCCUCCUCUUGUUUUAGGUUCUUAAUUGACUGUAUGUUUUUCUAAAUAAUUUCUAGCUUUCUAUGGAACAAUAAAAUCAUGUUGAUAUGGGACAGACUAGAGAGGUAGUUCUGAAAGAAGGAAUGGCAACUGAUGCUUUGCAUUAUUCUGAGGACUGACAGUUUUCAGGAGAAACAAAAUUUUUAAAUAUUUCAGAUUUACAUGAAACCUCAAAUGUUUAAAGUAAUAAUACACUGAAAAAGGUGAUAUGUAAAAGCAUGUUUCAUUUUUAUAAUACUAAGAUCUUGUUUUUUCUUCAGUUCUGUGUAUGAAAUCCAGGAAAGGC